UCGCAAUUCAAUUUAUUAAUGAAAUUUUCUGAAGAAUCCGAAACCGCUUUUGUAAUAUUUAAUAACAACUUACAAUAUCAAACUUUAUUACAAAACUGUUUAAAUAAAAACUAAAAGGCCUGAAAAACGGAAAACACGUGCUGUGUCAGUUACCAGAUUUGGUGACGUGACGUGGCCUUUUGUUCUUUCUUACUCAACUUAUUUACCAAUUUAUGUUCAAUAAUAAAAUGAGUACAAUAUAAGUAUUAUAUAAUUAACAUGCUCAUUAGUCAUAAUUAUCAUGUAAAUUUUAGGUUUUAUGAAAAAAAACUCAUUAUUUUUUUUCGUUUCUGUUUUAUUCUGAAAGAAUUCUAUAAAACGAUCAAACGAAAUUGUCGAAAUAAAAAAUUAAUAUUUGCAACGUUGUACGAUUUUCCUAGGUCGACCUAUCUAACGGGAUGAUGAUAAUAAACGUACAAUAAAAUAUUAAAAGCUAUUAAUAAUAAUGUUUAAAAUCCGGAAAGAAUUAGGUGAUAAAACUAAGAAGAUAAGCCUUGGCUCGUACAGUCAUUAGACAAAACACAAACCUGUAACCUAACUCUAUUAAGAGGAGUUACUCUUAUUAGUAAGAGUUAACUGCUCUAAAUGCUAAAAAAUCUUACCCCGGGUUCUUCAAUGGACUAUUGAAUUUAUUUAGAGUCGUAAUAAUGUUGAAUUUACUACUCUUUACUUUGUUUUGAUGUACGAAAGAAGAGGGCAUUUGUUCUAUUAUUCGUUGAAUCGAGAAGACCCUGCCCAGUAGAACAUUGUCAGGUGCACCCUGAACAAAAUAAUUUUCAAUAUAUGUUGCUGUAGAUAUUGAUAAAGAUAACUUUAGAAAAGAAGAUAGUUGUUCCGAUUCCAAGAAAGCGGAGUCGCUUCGCAGCUUGUCUGUGGUAACAAUAAAAAAAAUUACACGGUAUAACUAUUUGUUAAAGGAAAUUAAACUCAUUAGCAUAUUAAUAGAUUUUAUUACAAAAAGCGCCAAACUGUGUCUAAUUGAAAAUAAUAUAAAAGGGCCGAUAUUAUCUAUCCUCAUAUUUCAGAACGAUUAACGCAUAUUUGAUAAAGAUGCAUGUCUUGUACUGGGCGUUUUUGUGUGGGCUGUUCGUUGCUUGCGCUUAUGGUGAAAAUAAAUCCCAGCGAAGGUUGACGACUGCGGAGCGCAUCGCCCUGACUGGCCGUCGAUCUGAAGUGCAUUUUGUCACCACUGACGAUGGAUACGUUCUCACCGUGUUUCGCAUACCGGGGACCAGGGGCCCGAUACUGCUGAUGCACGGAAUCCUAGACACCAGCGACACGUGGGUUUUGAGGGGCAAUAACUCUUUGGCUAUGACGCUCGCCAACCUCGGCUAUGACGUCUGGCUGGGCAAUUGUCGCGGCAACUAUUACUCCAAAGAUCACGUCAAACUGAAUGCAACAUCUGAUGCUGAAGUUUAUUGGAACUUUAGCUUUCACGAGAUCGGCUACUACGACCUGCCCGCGACGAUCGAUUUGGUUCUGAAAAAAACUGGUGUGGAGAAACUGAACACGAUCGGACAUUCGCAAGGCACGACAAUAUUUUUCGUCAUGGGCUCUCUUCGGCCUGAAUACAAUGAUAAGGUAAACGUUUUGCUCGCUCUGGCGCCGGUCGCAUAUCUCCAGAACGUGCCGCCGCCCUUGUCAUUGAUAAUAAAAGUCGCCCCGGAGUUGGUGGCCGCCCUCACUCUGGUGAAACAGUACUAUCUUCUCGGUGACUCGCCGAGUGGCGAAGUUACGAGAUCAAUUUGUAAUAAUCCAUUACAUGGCUAUCCUGUGUGUGCGUACGGAGUAGUGUUUCCCAUUGUCGGAACGGAUGCCGAGGAAUAUACACCUGCCAUACAUUACGAAGCGUUUAACUAUUAUCCUGACAACGGGUCCGUAAAAACUCUGGACCAUUUCGCUCAAGUUUCGUUGCGGAGACAGUUUGCUCAGUACGACAACGGACCUUUGGACAAUUUAAAGCUAUACGGAACUACGUCGCCACCGAAAUAUGACUUGAGUAAGGUGAAAAUGCCCGUUGCCCUGUUAUGCGGCGCCAACGAUAAGUUGUCGACGCUGGAUGAUGUGGCGCUACUGCGUGCCGCCCUGCCCAAUGUCAUACAGUACACGGUUCUGAACAGGAAGCGGGCGAACCAUGUGGACCUAGUGUGGGGUAAGACUAUGGAGAAAUAUUUGUUUCCUGAUAUAUUGGAAAUACUAACCAGAUAUGAAAAUGUAAGGAAGUGAAUUUGGUUUCAUUGACCGAUUAUAAGUGCCAUCUUGCUCAGCUAGAACGCACAUCAGCUAAUCGUUUAAAAUAGGUGACAUUGAUUUAACAAAUAAAAGAAAUCGCAUCAAGUUUUGUAUUUAUUCAUUCAUAAAAAGCCAUUACAAUAAUGUCGAGCGAUUGAAUUUCUUAAAAGUAAACUGGAUAUACAAUAUCGCUACUGCUAAAGACAAUGAAAGUAAAUAGACAUAUCAUUGCUAUGGGAAAGGCGUAACUCUCGUGGAGGUAAUUACAAUUGCUACCUACGUACAUGCACUGGUCAAAAUUAAGUUUCAUAAAAUUAGAAUACUAUUAUUUUUAUUUAGGUAUUUUAUUUAUAACAAACAAAAAAUUUAAUUUUUAAAUUAAUAAUAAAAACUC